GCUGUCACUUUCCAGCAGUUUUCUGCUUCUCUGUGUUGGGAAUGGCUCGGACCAAGCAGACGGCGCGCAAGUCCACGGGCGGGAAGGCGCCCCGCAAGCAGCUGGCCACCAAGGCGGCCCGCAAGAGCGCGCCGGCCACGGGCGGCGUGAAGAAGCCGCACCGCUACCGGCCCGGCACCGUGGCGCUGCGCGAGAUCCGGCGCUACCAGAAGUCCACGGAGCUGCUGAUCCGCAAGCUGCCGUUCCAGCGCCUGGUGCGCGAGAUCGCGCAGGACUUCAAGACCGACCUGCGCUUCCAGAGCUCGGCCGUGAUGGCGCUGCAGGAGGCGUGCGAGGCCUACCUGGUGGGGCUGUUCGAGGACACCAACCUGUGCGCCAUCCACGCCAAGCGCGUCACCAUCAUGCCCAAGGACAUCCAGCUCGCGCGCCGCAUCCGCGGGGAGAGGGCGUGAGCUCUUGGCGAGCGGCCACCUGGAACCCAAAGGCUCUUUUCAGAGCCACUUCCAUCCUCACUGACAGUGGCUGCUGCACUGCUAGUUACGUGUUAAUAACGCAAGCUCAGCGCACAAUUGGCGGAAAUAAUGGGGAC